AUGGCCCCAUUCGAGGCUUUGUAUGGGCGUCGUUGUCGUAGCCCGGUUUAUUGGGACGAUUUCACUGAAGCGGUGACCUUAGUACCUGAAUUGUUGUUUCAAAUGACUGAGAAGCUAGAGGAGUUCACCGUGGGAGAACAGGUAUUACUUCGCGUAUCACCCAUGCGCGGAGUAGUACCCACUCAUGUAUUAGAUCCCGAACCUUUGGAUUUGGAUACAUCCUUGUCUUACUCUGAGAAACCGGUUAGAAUCUUGGACACGAAGGUCCGUAGCACUCGACGGAAGGAUAUAUCUAUGGUAAAAGUCCUGUGGUCAAAUCACGAGCGCGAAGCCGCCACGUAG